AUGGAAUCCCAACAAACCGCAACAGGUACUAGGAUCAGAACUGAGUUUUUUGAAAAGUUCAUGUUAAAACAUCUGGCGAUGGUACCACAGGGGCUCGUCCCACAAUCGAAAUGCUCUGUUCGUGCACGACCGAAGCAACAAGAAGGGGUUUUUUAUUUCACAUACUAUGAGAAUGCCCUACUUGCAGGAUGGGAUGGAUUCUAG